AUGACCACGACACGCGAGGAUGUGCUGCUGCAGAUGGGAGAGGUGCGGUUCAAAAAGGGCGAUGGGACGCUCUACGUGAUGAACGAGCGAAUUGCCUGGAUUGCGGAGCAUCGGGACACCGUGGCCGUAUCGCAUCGAUUCCAGGACAUAAAGAUGCAAAAAAUCUCCCCCGAAGGUAAACCCAAGGUACAGCUGCAGGUCGUGCUGCAUGAUGGCAACAGUUCGACGUUUCACUUCGUCAAUCGGCUGGGUCCUCCGGCUCAGAUGGCCGAUCGGGAUAAGGUGAAGGAACUGUUGCAGCAGCUGCUGCCCAACUUCCGGCGUAAGAUCGACAAAGAGCUUGAGGAGAAGAACCGCAUCCUGACGGAAAACCCGUCGCUCCUGCAGCUGUACAAAGACCUCGUCAUCACGCAGGUCCUGACGAGCGAAGAAUUUUGGGCACGCCACGCCAAGGACUACAUGAACAAGGAGCAAACGGUGAAGCAGGACAUCGGCGUGUCGGGUGCGUUUCUCGCCGACAUCAAGCCCCAAACGGACGGGUGCAACGGGUUGCGGUACAACCUGACCGCUGAUAUUAUCGAGUGCAUCUUCAAAACGUAUCCUGCCGUCAAGCGGAAACAUACCGAGCACGUGCCGGCCAAGAUGACGGAGGCGGAGUUUUGGACCAAGUUCUUCCAGUCGCACUACUUCCACCGGGAUCGCAUCGUGGCCGGCGGCACCAAGGAUCUGUUCACCGAGUGCGGCAAGAUCGACGACCAGCAGUUGCGGCAGGCGGUGCAAGAGAAUCUCGGCGAUCCGCUGCUCGACAUACGCGGCUUCGAGGACAACCCGCUUGAGGAUGGGUUCUGCAGUUCGGCCACGGCCAAGCAGCAGACGGUGAACAGCGGCAACAUUGUGCACCAGAGCAUGAUCAAGCGCUUCAAUCAGCAUUCGUUUUCGGUGCUGAAGACGUGCGCGGACGUGAAGACGCUCAACGCCGGUAUCGGGUCUAUCCUGUCGGCUACUCCGGUAGCAGGUGGCGCGGCGUCCGGUGAUGGUUUAGCGACCUCCAAUGGUGGCCCGACCGCGAAUGGCAAGGAGAAGCUAAACAACAACAGUGUGUCGUCGGAUGGGAGCAACAAUAACAACAACAACACGCUUAACGGGUUCAACAAAAAAGACAAACGCGGCCACGAUCAGCUCAACGGACUCGUUAAUGGAACCUCAGAGCACAAGAACAGUAACGGAACGACGAAUGGGAGUGGCGUGUUUGUGGAACCGACGAUCAAAAAAGCUCGCAUUCAAGCCAAGAUCACUUACGACGAUCUGGAAGGUGAAGAAGAAGAGCAUGCUCGCGUUAAGCAGCUGAAUCUGACGAAAAUCGAGCGCUACCUCCAUGGGCCGGUACCGGCGAGUGGUAUCGGUGGAGGAACCGGGCACGAAAUGUCCUCGCAUCACCGGAGCGGCGUGGGCGAGGGUUCGAUGAGUGGGUUGCACGAUUUCGAGACGACGCACAUGAUGAUACUGGACGCGGCGAAUGGAUCGUGGAGCAACCGGACGCCCCACAAGCUGCUAGUUAGUCCUGCCGCCGCCGUCAGUGCCCUUGGAGACCUCAGCCCGGGUGGGGCGUUAAUGCGAGGUUUCCAGGAGCAAAGCCUUGCCCAACUUGUGCCUCGGGAUAUAGAAAAGGAAGUACGAAAUCUCUACCUAUCGCUGCUGGAGCUGCUGAAGGAGUUCUGGAAGUGUUUCCCACCGACCACCCCACAGCUGGAAUCGGAAGCGACUCGCAUGCACGACAUACUGCAACGCUUCGCGAUUGUCAAGCUGAAGCCGUUCGAGGAUCGUGCCAUGAGGGAACUGUUGCCAUUGGGAUCCUCACUGACGCAGCACCUGAAUCAGCUGCUUCAGUCCGCCAACCGGAAGUAUGCGAUCUGGCAGGAGCGGCAGCGCCGCUCGCACAGGUAGCAUUGUUCGUCCUCCUCAACGUUUCGCUAGCGGGCGAACCGUUUUUUUGUCGUUCGCCUGCGCGUGUGUUGCUGUUAGGUUAUUCAUCAUCAAGACACCAACGCCAUCAGCUCGUCAUUGUUCCCGUAGGUUUGCGUCCCCGUGUCCCCUGCGCUCGGUCGGAUUGGUUCCGGCCGGCUAUUAGAUGUGUAUCGUUUGGGAAUGGUAGGAAAGCAACAAGCAUAGGUGAUUCCGGAAGAGGCAAGUGACGAUCACGGCAUGAAUGGUAUGGUGUGUGGGCCCAGAUGUGAUAGGGAUUACUCUUUCAUUUCCAUCUGCUAGCUUGGGGGUUGUUUUGUUUUAAUGAGGAGAAGUCGCACCCCUUUCCGGACAAGGUAGUAGCAUCCCGUAUGGAACUAGAAGUGAAAAGGCGCCAUUACACAAUGGAGGCACACGAAAAUAAUUGUAAAUUGAAAGCGUAAACCAUCAGCGUGAUGGAGGAACGAACGACAGGAGUUAACAUUUAGGUGUCUCAGCACAGGUGAAGUGUAUACUAACAAAGAUGAUGAUGGUUUAGGCUGUAGCGGGAAAGAGUUUCCAGGAAUAAUGGCACUCUGUUUGUCACUUCCAUCAGUAGUUCUCCGCAAAUAUAUACUCUCAUAUCAUCUUGAAUCUUCAUCGCUCAAUUCAUUUGGUACAUUGUGGCUUUCCUGCAAGAAAAUGGGAAAACGGAACUCGAUUUCUGGGAUGUAUCUGAGCCCUAUGCAUCGAAACUUACCGCCGGAAAGUAGAUGGUUGCAAUGCAGUGGUCUAAGAACAGAUUGUUUCUAUAAAACGAAGUAUUUGUUAACGUAUAGGCACAACGGUUUGAACGUUUGUAGUUCGUUACCAACGCCACUUUAGCGAGGAAGGACACAAACAACCGGGCAAAAUGGCCAAGAAUAAUGGUACGGAGAACAGCGUAGAAAUAAGAGAAAUUGAAAGAUCACCCGGCCCAAAAAUGGCUUUCGAGGAGAUUUACGUUUAAGUGGCAGAACAUGAUUCGAUUGAAACUAAAUGAUAAUUCCAUGGAGAAGGUGAGCAAAUUUAGUAUCGACAAAUACCGCAGGGCGGGCGUGGAACGGCGGUUUUGGCUGGAUGGUAAAAUAAAAAUCUAGGGUUCUGUCUUGCUUUCUACCUGGUAGAACAGGGACAGACAUUUGCAUCUCUUGUACGAGUUUGAAUUGGACGAUAUUUCGAGCGGGGGUUUAGGAAAGAAAAACAAAUCAAUCAAUUAUAUUUAGCAAAUAAAAAUGCUGCCUGAUGAUGAUGCAUCAAAAUUGAUGAAAACAAAAUGAGCUGAAAGGAUAACUGAUUGACAUAGAGCGUAAAAUUCACAAUAGGGUUACAAAGAAUAUAUUAUC